CAACUACUUUAUUCCAACUCAGCGGCCGAGUAGAGUCUGAGAGGGAGAAUAAAUAAAGUACCUGGAGUUAUUUCUUCUCUGCAGUAGAAGAAGGAAUCAUGGAAGGUGCAUUGGCUGUUAAAACUGUGCUGAUAGUGGUGAUUGUGGCACUCUGUGGAGCUGUGCCCACCACUUCACCCAGCCAAGAAGAGCUCUCUAAAGCCCAGGACUAUCUGUCUCAGUUCUUCUCUGAUGUGGGCGUCAGUGCCCCCAGCAGUGUCUUGCGCAGCUCUCUAGACUCCUUUGAUGACACACUCAAAAAAAUGCAGGAGUUUUUUGGCCUGGAGAUGACAGGGCAGUUGGACUCCAACACCCUGGAGGUGAUGGCUCGCCCCCGCUGUGGUUUCACAGACGUAACCAGAUAUAGCCACUUCAAUGGUCAACCAAAGUGGGACAAGACUGUUCUCACAUACAGGAUAACUGACUACACACCAGACUUGAGUCAAAGUGAUGUGGAUGCCACCAUAGCCAAGGCUCUGAAAAUCUACAGUGAUGUCAUUCCUCUGGAUUUCAAGCAGAUCGACAGCGGCACCGCUGACAUUAUGAUCACAUUCAGGAGUCGAGAACAUGGAGAUUUUGCUCCAUUUGAUGGGGAGGGUCGGGUCUUGGCCCAUGCAUUCUCCCCUGGAGAGGGCAUUGGAGGUGACGCCCACUUUGAUGAAGAUGAAAGCUGGACUCUAACCUCAGCGGGAGCCAACCUGUUCUUGGUGGCAGCCCAUGAGUUUGGCCAUGCAAUGGGACUGGCCCACUCUCAGGUCCAGACAGCCCUGAUGUAUCCCACCUACCAAUAUGUGAACACAGAGGGGUACAUGCUGCCGGAUGACGACAAACAGGGAGUACAAGCGAUCUAUGGAAUCAGAACAACAUCAGCUGAACCUGACCCAAAACCACAACCUAGACCUGACCCAGAUCCCGAACCAAGACCAACCAGGUGCAGCAGAUUCCUGACUUUUGAUGCUGCAACCUCCGUUCGAGGAAGUCUUUACUUCUUUAAAGACGGAUAUUUCUGGACCCGUAGCCGCUCCUGGGACGGCAUCACUAUGAGGAGGAUUCAGUCUGUCUGGUCUGAAAUCAGCAAAGUUGAUGCUGCUUAUGAGUAUAAGAGAAGCAAUACUGUCAUUUUCUUUGAAGGGGAUCAUUACUGGAAGAUCGUUGGGAACACUCUCCUGCCUGGUUAUCCAAAACCUCUCACCGACUUUGGCUUCCCUCCAUCCGUCACCAAGGUGGACUCUGCUGUCCAUGUGUCAUUUACAGGCAGAACCCUCCUUUUUGUGAAUAACAAAUACUGGAGCUACAAUGAAAGGAGGGGCAGAAUGGAUGCUGGGUACCCAAAGGUCAUACACACAGAGUUCCCUGGGAUUGGCUACCGGGUGGAUGCUGCUUUUGAGAAUAAAGGGUACCUGUACUUCUCAUAUGGAUCCACGCAGAGAGAGUAUGACUACAAUCGGAGAAGAGCUAUUCGCACUCUGUUAAACUAUAAAUGGAUGGAUUGCAACUAAAGAAUAACCCAAUAACACACACACACACACACACACACACACACACACACACACACACACACACACACACACACACACACACACACACACACACACACAAGGCAAUGGUUGCAGAGCUUAACUAAGAGGGAACACAUGGUAGGUCUUUAGGAAAAUGCAGGAGUAUUGGCUUGCAUUUAUUCUACAAGUUAAUAGAGAAGUAUAUUUGCUAAUUCAAAGUAAUAUUAGGUUAGGUGAAUUUUUGAAAAAAAAAAAAAGGAGCAUACUUCUGAACUCUUGCCUGUCUGUAUUAGUUGAGUUCAAAUAAAACUGGUACUUGUUUACGUCUUGUUACUACAUUACACUUUUAAGUCUAGUUAACACAUUUGUUAUGGUUUUUGUUAAGUCACAGAAUAUGUUAACCUUUUUCCACAUAGCUUUUGCUGAUGCUGCGAUUGCACCCAUUGAUUGAUUGACACACACACACACACACAGUUAUAAGCAUGCACAAAGCAAUGGUCUUUCCCAUUAACUCAUCCUGAGUAUCGGUUAUUGUAGCUUUUUACUAGAAAUCUGCAAGAAAAUACAUAAUUUGAAGAAGAAAUACAAUAUAAGAUAUAAUAAUGCUGUAGGUAACAACUGCCUGUUUUGUAGCUAAUGGUUUCUCUUGAACAUGAU